AUGCAUGAACGUGCAUUUAGUAUUGUUGAGGAAGAAGGUUUUCAUUUUAUGAUGAAGUGUUAUAAUAUUUCAUAUGAGAAAAUUAGUCGAAAGACAUUGAAGAAUGAUUGUAUUGCUGUUUAUGAAGCUGAAAGAAAAAAGUUGAAGUCUACUUUAAGGACAGUAAAUAAGAUUUGUUUGACCACUGAUUUAUGGAAGUCACAAAAUCAGAAGAUAGAAUACAUGGUGUUAUCUGGCCAUUUCAUUGAUGCUGACUGGGUUUUGCAGAAACGCAUUCUUAGUUUUGUUCAUGUUCCUCCUCCUCGGCGUGGUGUUGAUAUUGCUGAUGUUAUCUUCAAAUGUCUUAAAGAUUGGGGUAUUGAAAAUAAAAUAUUUAGUGUGUCAGUGGAUAAUGCACAUUACAACGAUAGAUGUUUGAAAGAGUUAAAAGUUCUUAUUUUAAGGCACCGGAAAUUAGUGCUAGAUGGAAAGUUAUUUCAUGUGCUUUGUUGUGCGUAUAUACUAAAUUUGCUUGUUCAAGAUGGUAUUGGGAAAAUAGCAAAAAUAGUUGAAGACGUGCGUGAAAGUGUGAAGUUCAUCAAUCAGUCUGAAGCAAGGUUGCAAACAUUCUCACAAAUAGUUCAACAACUAAAGCUUGGUGGUAAAAAAUUAAUUCUUGAUUGCCCUACUCGUUGGAACUCCACCUAUCAAAUGUUGUCAGUUGCAAUGCAGUUCAAAGAAGUCUUCCCUCGUUUUCAAGAUCGAGAACCAAGCUAUACAACUCUUCUAGAUGAUGAUGAUUGGGAAAAGGUUGAAAAAGUUUCCAAGUUUCUAGAGGUAUUUAAUGUUGUUACAAAUAUUAUUUCAGGUAGUGAAUAUCCAACUGCUAACUUAUAUCUUGCUGAGGUAUUUCGAAUCAAACUAGUUUUAGAUCAAGCUAUCCAAGAUGAAUCUGAUUUUAUGAAAGAAAUGGCAAAAGCGAUGAAGGGAAAAUUUGACAAAUAUUGGAGCCAAUGUAAUCUUGUUAUGUCGCUUGCUUCUGUGUUGGACCCUAGGAUCAAAAUGAUGGGUGUUAACAUGUGUUUUCCCUUAAUUUAUCCAGAAGUUGAAGCUAGAAAAAAUAUAAAAAAUAUGCGUAUCACGCUUGAUGAUAUGUACAAAGAGUAUGCUGAUAUACUUAGUGAGCAUAGUGAAGAAGGAUCUAGUAGAAGUGGUGUUGAUCAAAAUGAGCUUAUUUUGGAGUCACAAAAAUCCUUUGGGUGGUCAUUGUUAAUGAAUUAUGUCGAAGAACAACAAGCAAUUCCUGCUGUAAAAUAUGAAAUUGAAGAGUAUUUGAAUGAGCCAACUUACAAACCUAAAGAUAACGGCCACAUGUCAUUUUGUGCCUUGGAAUGGUGGAAAUUGAAUUGUGGAAAAUAUAGAGUGUUAUCCCAUAUGGCAGCAGAUGUUCUUGCCAUUCCAAUAUCUACUGUGGCUUCGGAGUCAACCUUUAGCACCGGAGGGAGAGUUAUCGAUUCAUUUCGAGCUUCUUUAAGUUCAUCUACUGUCGAAGCUUUAAUUUGUGGUGGUGAUUGGCUUCGAAUAUUGCAUGGAAUUAGGAACAAACCUAAGGUGGAGCAAGUGCAAACAGAAAUUACAUUACUCCCUUGA